CCCCCCCCCAACCUGCUUCCGCCUCGUAACUCGCUCCCUGCCCCUUUCCCGCGCGCGCUGAAGCCAUGAGCGAGAACACCUUCCCCGAUGAGGGGAUCACCCAGACCACGACCCCGCCGUCGUCCUCGCCGCAGCUGUCGGCCGAUUCGCCGGACAUGUCCUCUGCCGAGUCCGAGUCCCUGCCGGAUCUCUCCAAGCCCGAGACCCCCGUCAAGCCGGAGAAGCUGACCCUGUCGACGUCGCACCUCUCGCCCGGUGGCCCGCGGCGCGGGUCGCACCCGAACGCCAGUCCCGCACGCCGGGCCUCGGCCGCCGGUCCCAGCCCAGGCCCCAUGGACAUCGAGAUGGGAAACCGCCUGUCAAGCAAGCGCCCCUCCAUUGUUUCCCACACGUCGGUCAAUUCCAGCAACUCGGGGAUCUCAUCGGCCCCGAGCCGCCGGUCCAGCAUCCUGGUCCCCCUGUCGAGCAUGAUGGACAUGGAUGAUAGCUACUCCCAGCCCAUUCAGUCCGUGAACCUCACCUGGUCCGGGAUCGUUCAUCGUGUGAAUGUCCGCACCGGGCCCAUCUUCCGCAAGAAGACCGUCGAGAAGACCAUCCUCGACGAUGUGUCCGGGCAGGCUCUCCCCGGGCGGCUGCUGGCCAUCAUGGGUCCCUCGGGUGGUGGCAAGACGUCCCUGUUGGAUUCCAUCAGUGGGCGCCUGCGCACCCGGGCCGGCACGGUUCUUGUCAAUGGCAAGCCCAUCCCCCGGCACUUCCGCAGUGUCUCGAGUUACGUGAUGCAGGACGACCUGCUGGUGGAGACCCUGACGCCGCGCGAGCUGCUCACCUUCGCGGCGCGCCUGCGCCUGUCGCCGAAGCUCACGGCCAGGGACAUCGCCGAGCAUGUCAACAACCUGCUCAAUCGACUGAGCCUCACGCGGUCGGCGGACACGCGCGUCGGCAAGCCCGAGGGCAAGCAGCGUGGCCUGUCGGGCGGUGAGCGCAAGCGCACGGCCAUCGCCUACGAGAUGAUCACCAACCCGUCGCUUCUCUUCCUGGACGAGCCGACCACCGGCCUGGACGCGUUCAUGGCCCUGCAGCUGAUCGAGCUGCUGAAGGCCCUGGCGGCCGAGGGCCGGACCAUUGUCACCACCAUCCACCAGCCGAGCUCCGACAUUUUUGGCCUUUUCGAUGAUUUGCUGUUGCUCUCCGGCGGCAAGGUCGCCUAUCUUGAUGAGGGCCACUUUGCUGUUCAGUACUUCGCCGACCUGGGCUAUGUGUGCCCGAACUUCAGCAACCCCUCGGACUUCUUCAUGAAGAUUCUUCACUCGCAGUCCGAGAGCGAUGCCUUCCGCGUGCGCUCCAUCACCGACAGCUACCUUAAGCAGAGCCAGACGCGCGAGGCCCUCCGGUCGCCGGUGGACGUUCCCCAGCUCAAGAUCUCCCAGCCUCAGCGGGCCUCGCCCAUGAUGGAGUUUAUCACGCUCUUCAAGCGCAGCACCCUCAUGUACCAGCGGAACCCGGUGACCCUGGGGGCGCGUCUGGGGCAGACCAUUUCCACGGCCCUCAUGUGUGGUCUCUUCUUCUACAAGUUGGACCUGACCCAGGCCGGCGCAUCUGGCCGCAGUGGGUCUCUCUUCUUCUUGACCUCCUCGCUGGUCAUGUCCUCCUGCAUGACCUACGUCCUGACCUUCCCCAUGGAGACGCGUUAUCUGAUGCGCGACAAGCUCAGUGAGAUGUACUCCACCAGCGCCUACUACUGGGCCAAGUUCUUCAGCGAGCUCCCCUGGACCAUGAUGUUCCCGGUGAUUUUCGCCCUGAUUGCCUACUUCAUGGUUAAUCUCCACCUGACUGUGGAGAAGUUCUUCAUUCAUCUGCUGGGCCUUUGGCUGGUGACCAGCUUGUCGACGUCGAUGGGUAUUGCGAUUGGCUCGAUGUUCGAGCAUGCCGAGGUGGCUGUGACCGUGGCCCCGACGAGUAUUGUCCCGCUGAUGGUGUUUGGUGGCUUCUUCGCGCAAGCCGACCGGAUGCUGGUCUGGCUCAACUGGAUCCAGUAUAUCUCCCCGCACAAGUGGACCUUCCAGGCGCUGAUGAUUAAUGAGUUCCGUGGCCGGCUCCUCACCUGCGCGCCAAAUGAGUUUAUCCAGACGCCCUCUGGCCCGGUGUGUCCGAUCACCACCGGCGAGCAGUUCAUCGAGUCCUUCGGCAUGAAGCCCACCACCCGGGUCAUGUGGAAGUCCCUCUGGAUGUUGGCCAUCCUGUUCAUCUCCCUCCGCCUGAUUGCCUGGUUCUUCCUGGUCCUGCGUACUCGUCGUCUGACCCGGACCCGGACGCAGUAAGCGGCAGUCUGUCCCCCCCCCCC